AGACUAGCUGGGGAUUAGAUCCAAUUCUGCAACCACCCAACUACUCCCCUGAAAUCCACCCACUGCAGCCAUGAAUAGGCCACAAAAUGGCUUCAGUCACUUUUACAAAUGAAAGGCAAACGGUAGGGAGUGACAGCUGGGAUAUGACUGCUGCCCCCCACUGCCCUUGCGGAUGAUGGAGAGGCUGGCGUCCGAUAUGGGAGACUCUCAGGAGGUCACAUCCCCUCCCCAGGACACAGCAGAGGCAGAGAGCACGCGUGGCGUGGAGCUGAGUGGGGUGAAGGAGGGGGCGGCCCCCAGCUCCCCCCCUCGAGCUGUGCCGGUGAUUGAGCUGCUGAGGAGGGGGGAGGGAUCGGGCAAUAUAAAGACCAGGGAGCAAGAGCUGAGACUGCAAAACCUGAGGACCACUAGACUGUGCAGACCCCCUCUGACUCCCACCACAGAGCUCUGCAGAACACCCCUCACUCCGGCCGCAGAUCUCUGCAGAGCCCCCCUGACUCCAACUUCAGAGCUGUGCAGAGCCUCCCUGACUCCGGCCACAGAGCUCUGCAGAGCCCCCCUGACUCCAACCACAGAGCUCUGCAGGGCCCCCCUGACCUCAGCGCCAGAGCUCUGCAGGACGCCUCUCCUAGUAGCCGGACCCCCUCUGACUGCUACCACCGAGCUGUGCAGACCCCCUCUUCCUCUGCCUGUGGCUGGACCUCAAGUUGAGCAAGUGACUGAAGCCCGAAUGGUGCAGCUGAGUCCCCCAGCUGCUCUUCCCUUGCAGACGGCCGGCAGAGCCAUGCUGUAUGGACUGAGUCAGCCGCUAGCUCCGGGAAACAGUGGCUACUUUGGGGAUCCUGAAUCCUUCCCAAUGUACAAUAACAAUGUAAGGACUAAGAGACGGUCAGGUCCCUAUGAAGUGGAGGUCACAGAAGGAGGUCCUCAUACAAAGGUGGUCCGUCGUAUCUUCACAAACAGUCGAGAGAGAUGGAGGCAGCAGAAUGUGAAUGGAGCUUUUGCCGAGCUCCGUAAGCUGAUCCCCACUCAUCCACCAGACAAAAAAUUAAGCAAGAAUGAAAUCUUACGCCUGGCUAUGAAAUAUAUCAACUUCCUAGCCAAACUUCUCGAUGACCAAGAGGAAGAAGGCAACCAAAAGAGCAAAAUUAACAAAGAUAAUGGUAUGGUCCAACAGGAUCUUCUGCAAGAUAUGUUGUCUCCAAACUCUAGCUGUGGAAGUUCUUUCGAUGGAGCACCCAGUCCUGACAGCUUCUCAGAAGAUCACGACACAAUGGACUCAAAACACAACAGAAAUAUCCACCAAACUAUGCUUCCUGUAGAGAGCAAUGGACAACGAUGACAGGUUCACGGGGAAAGGACUCUUUGAUGACUACUGACUGUCUAGUGAAGAUGACCCAUUGGUUGGGUUAUUUCAUUCGUUAUCUCAGUGUAUUUACAUACUUGGGAUGACAAGACAAUAUUUAUCUUUAGGUACUCUGAACCCCCCCCCCCCCAGAAACUCUGAACAUACGAACCGUGACUAUAGUGGAGGAACAAAGACAGAAGAAGAGGUGUAUUUUCUAAGUAAUGUUCUAUAUUGCUUCACUUUUGAGAGGGCUUAACAUUUAUAAACGUAGCAAUUCUGUAAAACUAUAAAUACAUAUUGGAGCCGCACCGCACUGCCGACCGCCUCCCAGCCAAUGUGACAUCAUGAUGCCAUAGAGAGAAGGCUGGGAACAAGGAAGCCGGGCAGUGGGGUGCCUUUCUAGGUGUUCAGCUGCAGACUGAUGCUGCUGAGGCAGCAGCCAAUACCCCCCCUCGGCCCUAUACCCUAGGUGGCAGCACUCAUUGCACAGCACUCGGUACAUCCCUGAAGACCAGCAAGAUGCGUUAAAGUGUUCACCCCAUUUAGCUGAAUAAGACAAUACUCAAUCCUGAAAUGAGCUUACAUAAAUAUAUUUUUUAAUUUAACAGAAAUUUCUAUUUUAAGUGCAUAUGAGAAGAACAUUUGUUGAUAACUAGCUAAUUUAUCAACAAGUUUUAUCACACGUAAGGAGUUUUAAAACUCAUUGUGCAUGAUAAAACUCGUUGAUAAAUCAGCCCAUAGAUUUGUCAAAAGAAAGUAAUAUUCAGGUGAAGGGUCUGUCCUAAACACAGCACUGGUAACAAAGUCUAUAUUUGGGGGGCUUGGACCCUCCAAGAACUUACAAAUGAAAUUAUUUUUGCGUGGUACCUAUAAGAAAGAAGGUACAGUAUAUGUAUAUACAUUUAUUUCAGAGCUGUUCAGUUCUCACCAGUAUGUUUACCAUUUAUAAUAGGUAAUAGACAGUCACAUGAAAUUAUAACAUUUUCCGCAUUCAUGCUUUCGGUAGCUCAGGCAAUAUUUGUUUUUAUGCAGGCAAAAAUAUGUUACCCACUGCCUUUGUAUGGGGCGCAAUGUCCUGCUUUUUCUCCCAGCGUGACCUCAGCUCGGUGUUCAGUUUACAGCAACCCCUACUGAAUCUGUGAAAGAUAAUACACACCUGGGCCUGAUCGUAGCAGCAAAAAUGUUCUCUAAUGGGCAAAACCAUGUGCACUGCGGGGGAAGGGGGGGGG